AUGGCUACCAGUCGCAAGGUCGCCUCGAAGCACGCAAAAUCGAAGGACGCGCAACCAGCGCAACGAGUACCACCACCUACACGCACCGCAAGUGGUCGACAGCGACGCCUGACUGAAAAAGAAAACUACCGUGUCUCUGAGUCUCAGCACGUCACCUAUCGCCAAGAAACCAAGGAAAAGAAGAUAGAAAAACAGAAGAAAAAAGCACUGAGGGCUGCUUACAAUGCUGAUCCCAACGGCUUCGAGGAAGAGCUGUCUGAGCUGCGUAGUGACAUUGAUAGGGAAGAAGAAAAUAUGUUCUCAGAUUGCGACAUGGUGUCCAAGCUGUCCCGGUCCAAAUCAAAGGUACUGACAUUCAGUGCUGGUAAAAUACCCCCAGUGUCGCGCAACACCAGUGCCAUGCGCAAGGCUACUACUACAGCUCCGACUUCGAGUCCAUCCGAUGACUCUGAGUCGGAUGAGUCAACAGACCGUGAGUCUCGCCAACCUGAAGACCGCAUUGACGACGAGGACAACAACUACAUCGCCGAAGAACUGUCGCCGAUAGCUCGAGGGUCCAAGCGUCCACUUGACGACUCAGAGACUUUGGACGAUGGCAUGGCACUGCCGAAGAUCAAGAAAAAUUCAGAUGGUUCACGCCAUCGCAUGAAAGUCAGCGACUUCGAUGAUGUGUCCAAAGAGAUUUUGGGGACAGCAGCCUCUAUUUUCCGGUGUCUGAUAGUCUCCCAGGCGCCAUUUCCCGAGAACAUUGCUGUCGAGACGCAGUUGGCAAAAGCAGCCUGGCAUGAGGCAUGUCAAAUCAAAGGCAUCAAUGUCAAAUUGACGCCUUCAGGUGUCAAAAUGCUAUUGACCCGCACAUCACAAGUUCGCGGGGAACUCAAAACGAAAAUGCGUUCACUGACAGCAUCUUUUUUCGGUUUUCGGUCGAGCAAUUCCAACAAUGUGAUACAACAGAAUAGGGAUCUAGCAGAGUCUUUGAAAGACGGUUCUGUAUUUGCUUUCAAGGAUUGGGAGUCGAAGAAGGGAAUCUACAAGACGGAGUUACUGCAACUGGGCAUCAACAUCAUGUGGUUCGCGAAUCGACACGACAAAGGCGUCAUCCACCAUAAAUAUUUUGAUCCUAUGCCCGUCGAAGUUAUCGCUCUUGUGCUUACAACUAUCGAAUGUUGUAUCGACGAAUGGUUACAAGGUCUGAAGGAAGAUAUAAAAUUCACGUCAGCUACUUAUGGAACUGUCUACCAUGGACAUUUCUGCUCGUUGCAGCGCUUCGACGAGCGGAUGGCGCCUUACAAACUCCUCGACAAAAUUCGUGUCAAUCUGCACGACGUGGCUUGUUUCCAUGCAGGUGUUGACACCCUCACUAUCUCGUCGUCUGCAUCCCGGAUCAGUGACGCGGCAUUCGAAGAUGCCAUCCGAGAGUACCGACUUGAGGAGCAGGAUGAUGCGGAGGCUAGCGAGUCGUAAAAUAGGUUGACUGGUUCAUUAUUAGGCAUUCAAAUUCAAUUGUUUUCGCGAUUCCGCGUGCUACUACUACUACUACUACUAAUAUGUGAUAUGUGUGACUAUAUAGCUGCUUGAAGCCGGCAGUAGUAGCACUACAUGAACUAUGUAGUGCUAUGUAGCUGCCUGUAGUAGAACUUAAGGGAACUAUGGUAGUACAUAGUAGCGCUACCUGGUUCUACAUAGCACUAUAUAGUACUACGUAGUACUACAUAGUUGCCUCACAUGCUAUAUAGAGGGGGGAUAGCUAUUUGGCUAUACGGUCUACCCUGGCUAUAUAGUACUAUAUAGUCACCUUGUUUUUUCCUGAUGAC